AUGGAUGGAUACACUGUGACCGCGCGGGAUGUGGUUGAGGCGACGUGCGUGCCGCUGCAGAAGCUGGCGGUGAUUGCGGAGAUGGAGUACAUGCGGACGUACUGCAUUGCGAUCCGCAUUCCCAAGGGGUCGGUGGAGGACUGUCUCCUGUAUGACGAGGCGGAGGAGUACAAGUACGUUCGGUUGACGGCGUGCGACGAGCAGGACGACUACAUGGUUGUUGGCGGGUGCGACCACAAAGUCGGCCAGGAGAAGCCGGAGGGAAGGUUUGAGGAGCUGGAGCAGUGGACGCGGGCGCGGUUCCCGCAGGCCGGCGCCGUCGACUACCGCUGGAGCGGGCAGGUGUUCGAGCCGGUGGACUACAUGGCGUUCAUUGGGAAGAACCAGGGGCAGCAGCAUACGUACGUGGUGACCGGAGACAGCGGCAACGGGCUCACGCACGGCGUGCUGGCGGGACGACUGAUCGCGGAUGAGAUCGAGGGCGUCCGGAACCCGUGGGCAGAGCUAUACAGUCCCAAGCGGAUGGCCAGCGUGGCCAAGUCGUUGCCUAGCAUGCUCCUGCACGACGUCCAGAUCAACAUGCAGUACGAACGGUGGCUGCAGUCGGAUGUCAAGGACAUUGAAGACCUGGCUGUUGGUACCGGUGGUGUUAUCCAUGAGAAGACGGGCCAGCCGGUGGCCGUAUACAAGGACGAGGGGGGUCAGGCGCAUAAGUUCAGCGCCGUCUGCCCGCAUAUGAAGGCCGUGCUGGCGUGGAACAAUGUCGAAAAGAGCUGGGACUGCCCGGUGCAUGGCAGCCGCUUCAGCUGCGAUGGAGUGUGCAUCGAGGGCCCGGCUAAGGCCAAUCUCACCCCGAUGGAUGAAUUCGCUAGGAGUAAGCAGCAGGAGGCACAGCGUGUAUAA